GCCGGCGCUUUAGGACGCUUGUGGGCCGUCGAUUGAUGAAUCUAUCGCCAAUUUAACUGUAAUGCACCGGGAUCUUACUGGAGGGGCAUGAUAAGGGCACAUUAAGUCCUCGAUCAUAUCUGAAAUCUCAGCUUGGAAGACAUCUCAAAUUCCUUAAGAGCAAGUGAAUAAAAAAAUGUUGGGUCCUGUGUCACGUAUGUUGCUGUUGAGUGCUACUUUCAUCGUUUCGGGGCAAGCCGACACGAGCAAGUGGGGGUACAAGGAGACAACCGACGAGGAAUUGGGUCCUGCCGACUGGAAGGGCAGCUACUCUGCAUGCGGUGGGACGCACCAGUCUCCCAUCAACAUCCCGAUGCGUAAGCUCUCGCACAACGACUGGGGUAUGGCUCAUGCCCCGCUUAAGUUCGGAGGCGACUGCAGUAAAUUCAGCCUCAAGAAACUCGAGGAUCUGUACAAGUGGGAGAUCAAAGGAGACGAACACUGCACGGUCAAGUCCAUCAACUUCGACGAGCGUGAGUACGGACUGGCUCAGUUCCACAUGCACGCGACGUCGGAGCACGCCCUAGACGACUACCACUACGACGCGGAGAUCCACUUUGUCCACAAGGCAGUGGACGGUAGUGGCAAGAUCCUAGUGACGGGUGUUUUCCUCAACGCUGAGCCAAAGGUGCAGGAGAACGCGUUCGUCAAGGGCCUCUGGAAAGAUCUCGAGACGGAGGAGAGCUCUUUCAACCUGAGAGACGCGGGCAUGACCUACGCUGAGAUGUUAAAUGGUCUUGUAGCCAAGAGCCACGUGUUCAACUACAAUGGUAGCUUGACCACUCCACCGUGCAGCGAAGUCGUGGACUGGUGGGUGUUGAACAACCCCAUCUCCAUCUCGUACGACGAGCUUCACCAAUUGAAGAAAGUGUAUGGCGAGCUCCCAGCCACCAACGACGCCUCGGACAACCGCCCCACCCAGCCACUGGACGACCGCGAGAUCAAAUACUACUAA